CUUCGCGACACAAAGAAAUGAAAACAACAACAACCGAAACUUAUAUUUUGAAUUCAAAUUGUUGUACCCUCAAUCGGAAAGGAAAUCCAUGACUUGUUUAUAGAUUGUUGUGUAAAUAAAUGCAUUGUUUAAUAGUUUUAUUUGCAACAUGUCGCUCGAACUGUAAAUCAUGACACACCGAUUGUAAAAACAUCUUGUUACUUUGAGCUUGGAUUUCGCGAAACAAACACGCAUCACGAUGUACCGCUUUUGUUUUAUCGCGGUUCUUUUAUUUGUGUCUGACUGUGAUGGUUCAGCUCAACAAUGUAGAAAUGAUAGAGGCGAACCAGUUGACUGGUUUUACAUAUACAAGUUACCUAAAGAAAAGAAUCAUUUAAAUCCCCUGGUCCGGAAAGGGGUAGCCUACAUGUACCUGACUCCGUCAAAACUGCGCCAAGGUUGGAUCAUGUCCGAAUUGUCCAUUGCCAAUCCCAACUCCAUGUUGGGCAGGACACUGCAGCCUAUGUACCAGUCAAAGAAUACAAUGACCGUUUUGUACAACGACCAGCCUCCAGCUAAUGAGAAUGCGCCAGAUAUUCUGCAGAAUGUAGCUGAAAUGUAUUCAAAACGUAAAAAAGGUCAAAUGAAGUUCACGGAACCUUCAGUAAAGAAGUACAAGAAAUUUAAGCUGGGUGACAAGUAUUAUGACGACUACGAUCUGGCCGAAAUGUGCAAAAUGCACACUAAAUUCCUGAAGAAUAGGGUCGAGAAAGGGCACACGAAGGGUGUGAUUAUGGGAGAUAAGUUUACUUCGAUGUGGCUGGUGCAUUCUGUGCCAAGGUUCCCUCCGGUACCUGAUGGUCGCGGCAUGAACCUGACCAGCUACAGCUACCCACAAACCGGUAUGAAGUACGGACAGUCAAUGCUCUGCAUGUCGGUACAAACGGCCACCGUAAACCAGAUAGCCACCCAGCUUAAAUACAACGAGCCACUCGUGGUUUACAGCCAAAUACCUCCGGAAUAUGAGAAUGAACUGCCGACGCUGGUUGAGGUGGUGAACAAUAAGACUGUUGAUGCUUCUCCUUGGUACCACAUAGAGAGUUUCGAAACCCUCGCCGGGCGCAAGUUUCUCUCGUUCGCGAAGAGUGCCAUGUUCAACGACGAUUUGUACAGUGGCUUGGUGGCCGAGGUUCUGCAGUCAGACCUGCUGGUGGAGUCCUGGACUAAUGGGCCUGGCACCUUGGACUCGGAGUGCAAUAGAAACUUCCAAGUGCGGAACAUAGAGCGCCUAAAGUUCCCCCUCGCUCGUAUGUCGUUCACGUCCCACCACGACCACUCCAAGUGGACGGUCGCCGUCGCGCACAAGAUGCACAACAGCCAGGACACGAAGGUGGCCGACUACUGGGUCUGCGUGGGGGACAUCAAUAGGGCGUUACCACAAGAAUCCCGAGGCGGCGGGACCGUGUGUACGUCGGGACCCAUUUUAUGGGGAAACUUCGCUCAUUUAAUUGAGUCAGUCCAAUCAUGUUGAUUCUAAUCUAGUUAGGUAAUGAAUUGAAUUCUUUUCCUUUUGUCACCCAGAAAUGAACUCCGUGUAAAAAAUGUGAAUGUGUGCUUUUGAAAUUACCAUGUGUUUUUGUCCCAAAAUAGAGUACAAUUAAAACUCUUAAUAUGAUCAUAUUGACAUGCCAUUACUAUCUAAACGGUAUAAGUUCAAAUACAAUUAUCAGUUUUAAUAACAAUGUAUUAGGUACCUAAAAGUAAAAUUAUUCGAAAUUGUUUUGUUCUUCUGACUUGCCAAUUUGACAUUGAUUUGACAGUCUUGUUACCGCGAGAUAAGUAUGUACUGUAUUAGCAAUGCUUCGCCAUUUAAUUAAAAUUGCUCUUCAGUAUAUUAACUGUGUACGUCUCGGAGUAAUUAACAAUGGAGCCGCCAUUAACAGGCGUUCCCCUCUGUCGAAAAUAGGUGGCCAAUGGUCAACCACAUGUCAACCAUAUGUAUGGACUGACAUUUAUCUGACAUGACGUACCUAUACAUUUGAUGUGCCCCUCCCCCGCAAAAAACGGCAGACUAUUUUGUACCGAAAAUUUUAGACAUGGCGUCUCCGUUGGUCCUCUAAGGUGUACGUCUAUUGUAGAUCUUUUGUUAAAUUAUGUACUCUAGGUAGUCCAAAUACUAGUUCAAUCUUUAUUGUGUUAGAAUACCUAACUAACUGCAAUUAAUGACAAAUAUUAUUAAUUUAUUUCUCGAAAAGGCUCUUUUGAGCCAUUUAGAGCAUCUGUGAUCAACGUUGUGAGUUAGUAGGUACUAUUUAAAGCAAAGUUAAGAGAAUGCAUGCAUUGCAAAUCAUAUAUGCCAUUUUCAACCUAAAGGGUGCUCAUUGUCGGUUGUCAAAAAGACGCUAUUUCCAUAAAGCAAUUUGAAAUCGACCUUUUCGAUAACCGACAAUGUGGUACCUUUUAGUUGAAAACGUCACAUGUAUGUAUGUUUUUAUACUUUUUUACUUUUUUUAAGGACCAUUUUGUUUCAUUGCUUUAAAAUGAACACUUAUGAGGAAAACCGCUUUAUAAUAUAUUUACUCUUGUGAUGUGACUCCUAUAAAGUAGGUACUUAGUAUACCUAUAUUGUUAAUUGAGUAGUCUUUUAUACUUUAUACCUUACACAGUACCUAAAAAGUCUAUUGAU